UCUAGGGCGGAAGUUAGGACACAGUACAAACUACAACUAGGAGGCAAUUACUUUUUUCUUCCUUUCUUCCUUUCAACAUUGGAUAGCACUUUCAUUAACACCUGCAUUCUUGACAACUUGAAGAAAAGACUGGGGAAAGCAGAGGAGCCACUAUGAAAGCAAACAAGGGGGGUCCCCUCCUUAUUAUAAGUGCAGUGGUAGCAGCUGUUCAUGCGGUUUCAGUAUCAGGACCUUCAAAGGCAGUGCACGCGAUAAGAGGAGAAAAUGUCACCCUACCAUGCAACUUUAAAAGUGGUCCUGCAGAGCCAAAAGACUUUAUCUCUUGGAGGGGAAAGGCCUUGGGAAACGGCCAUACGGGAGAAUUUGCUAGGAAGGCAUUUGAUGGUGAGGAACACUUUACACCAACUUACCAAGAUCGUUUAACAUUCUCUACCAAUUUUGGAAAGGGUGAUGCUGCAAUUACCUUUGAUCGGGUGACCAUGCAAGACAAUGGAACCUAUGAAUGCGCGGUCGAGAUAAGAAAUGAAUUCCCAUCAAAAAGUGUCGACCUAGAACUUUUGGUCCUUGUUCGUCCGUCUGUUCCAGUAUGCAAAGUUAUUGGGAAAAAAGAAUACGGUCAAAAUAUUAACCUGACUUGCAAUUCUGAUGAAGGAUCCCCAGAACCUAAAUAUACCUGGCAAAGUUAUGAUCCACAGAACCAAAGCCGGCCACUUCCAGGAACAGCUGUAGGAGGAAUACUGAUGCUGACAAAUGUUUCUAUAAACACCACCGGAUAUUUUAUCUGCCUUUCCCAAAACAUUGUUGGACAGAACAAAUGCAAUCUCACGGUUGCUAUUGUACCUC